AUGACGUCGACAGCGUCCCGAGGCGAUGCGUUGGAAACGCGCGGCUGGGGACGCGAUGACGGCGAGACGACGAGCCGGGAAGCGACGAGCGCGCUCGUGGCGAACGCGGUGGCGGUGGUGGUGGCGCUGACGAGCGCGCACGGUGAUGCGGCGCGCGCGGCGACGACGCCGGGAGAGGUUAUCGGACAAGUCGCCGGGUCGCUGCGCGCGGAGCUCGUUCGCGAGGAACGCGCGGUGGUGGACGAGGUUCUGAAGGACGAACAGAUUGGUUUAGACGUCAUUAGGGAGUCGAAGACGGCGGGAGAGAUGCUGGAUCUGUUUGUAGAAAAGGAACCGCCGUUGGCGUUGUUUCUCGUGGCGAUGCUCCUUGUGAACGGAAGUUUCGGCCUGGUGUACACGCUGUUUAUUCGCGAAACGAGCGCCGGACCGGGUGGGGAGUUCGGUAAGGGCGUCGUCGCGGUUCGUCAGUCCAUCGUGAAGGGUAUUUUUGCCUUUUUCAAUUCGGCGCUCGGGCGAUACACGACGAAGGACUCGCAGGACGCGUGA